CCCAUGUCUUGACACUAUGAUCUAGGUCCUAUCUUUGAUGAGGAGGACGAACCUGGUCCAGUCUUUGAUGAAGAAGCAACAAGCAUCACAUCCAUUGCUAUGGAGAACUAUCUAUGCUUUGAUCCCGGCACAACUCCUGCCCCUUUACCUCCUGAUCUUCAAGAGCACUUGUUUGUUUUGAGUAUCCAGGAAAGACAGGUUCAGCCUCUGAAUGAAAGCAUUGGGCGUGCCCAACAACCUCAGAUUUGGAGAAGCUUUGUUGUUCAAACCGACUACCUUGGUGCCAGCAACAGAGGUUCAGUCCAAGAAGGAUAUCUCAACAGUCCGAAGGUCUUUUGUCUUGAAUCCAAUUUUACAAGAAAGCCAACUCAUCAAGGAUUCACUGAGGCUUGUAAUCGCAUGAAAAGCUUCACUGAUGAAGACGUUAUGAAUUUUCCAAACCGGAGGUUCUUCAGUCCAUCUAUCCGCGAGUACCAGAUUUCUAAAGGAGAUUCAUGCCCCAGAAAGAAUCGGCCUGAGCCAAAACCGAUCCUCCAUGAACCAAAGGUGUUUCCUCAGUCAUUCUCCUGUCUAAACCAAAAGCACUGUAAGGAUCAUGAGUUGAUUGCCUCUACUCUUCCUGAAAAUGUUUUGAAAACGAGAAUUUCAAAAAGAAAACAUAUUCUUACUUGGUUGAAAACCGUUUUGCUCAAACCUUUUCAUGAAUUGAUUUCAUUGAGCUGUGCUUUGAAAGAGAUUUGGUGCAGGAAAGAGCAUGAACUAAAAUUUCUUAGGCCAAAGAAUUCUUUUGAUUUCGUUCAUGAUGAUAAUUUUUCAAAUUUGGCAUUGUCUCUUUCUUUCCAUAACAGUUUCUCACUUUGGCCUGAUUUUGAGAUUGAUAAAUCGAUUUUUGGCAACCAGCUUACUUGCUUAAUGCUUGCCCACGUCCUUGAUGAUUAUCCUAAGGGCAUGGAUCCUGAUUUUGAUGUCUUAAGGAUAGAGAAACCCUUUGAUUAUUUCUUUGGCAGAUUUGAUGUGGUUUCUCUAGUUGCUUUGAAUAAACAGGAUAAGCAUGAUCAGUUUAUAAGCAGAGCAAGCACCAAUGGACGCCAAAGUACUUGGAAUUCCUUGAUGAAAAUGACUUCAAAACUCCAAGGAAGUUUCUGUCCAUAUUUUUCAUUCCCUGAAUUUUCCAUGAAUUUUAAUUCAUUUGUAUCUGAUUCAUCUCUUUUUGAUAUAGGUACUUUGGAUUUGAGGACAAAUCCUUUUGAAGAAGGAGGGAAUGAUAGACCGCGGUCCACGGCUCAGUACAUGGAGCCGAACCAGCCUGGAGACCAGAACGUUCUGAACAUUUCAACCGAGGUUCAUGUUUUUCACCGUACCGGACAGACUGACCGUGCAGUGUACUGGACCGUCCCGCAUACGUCCGGAAAGGAGCUUUGGCUGGAACCAUGGCCAGAUGACCGAUCUGACCAUACUGGGGCUUGUCUUUCCCGUCCAACUUCACUUUUGAAGACAUAUGGUCGAGCUAGAAUCCACUUUGGACGAGCUGGACGAGGUAACACUUACUUGGGCGAGCUAGAUGAGCUGAGUGAGCUGAGUGACACUACUCUGGAGCUGGAUGAGCUGAGUGAGCAAAAUGAUACUAGCUUGGAGCUGAAUGAGCUAAGUAACACUGAAGAUGGAGCUGGUUCAGCUGCUGGGCGAAAUGGGCCUUUUCAGCCUAAAGAAAAGUUCAUAAAAAGUUCAUUAUGGGAUUGUUUCUUUCCAAAUUCGACCAGCCCUUUUCUCAGUCCAUUUCAAGCACAUUCUCAUCAAGAAUACCAAGAGGGAGUCAGCAAGGAAGUCUUGGUCGUGCAUGGGAAAAAGAAUUCAACAAAAAUCAUUAAUUUCGGUCUUUAGUCAAAGUCUUCAUUUCUAGUUUCUAUGUCUUGUUUUUAGCACAUUCUUCUUUGGAUUUCUACAACUUGUAAUCCUAUAAAUAAGGCCUUAGAGCCACGAAAUAAGACAGAUUGUUUUCCCCU